CCGAUUUUAAAAUGUCAGCAAGCAAGCCAGAAGGCCCAGAUCGCCAGAAUAGGGCAGAGGGUCAUCCCAAUCCUGUUCAGACUAACACAGCUUAUACUGAAGACCAGAGAUACUUUAGAGAAGGCCAAGAUAGCCUCAAACCUGUUGUCCAGCAAAUUAACAAGCAUUGGUAUGAUGAAUACCCUGUUGGUGACAGAAGAAAACAGCUUGAAGAUAGUCUUAAAUCCAGAAAAGGGGUAUCCCAAAGUACUGAGCCUAGGGAAAACCAAAGUCUGUACCAGAAGAAAGAGUAUCCGAGCUCUAAUAAGGACCAAAAGUACAGCCAGCCACCUAUCUAUUCAGAUUAUGAGCCUAUAUUUAUCAGCAAGGAUGGUCUAAAGAGCCAUGAAGAAUUUAACCCUGCUCUCUAUAAAAAGACCAACACUAAUUCUUCACAAGAAAACCUUCAGAGAUCUGUAGAAAGAGAUUACCAUCGUAGUACAACUUAUGCACAACCUCAGAGGAUAGAAAGUAUCGAAAGGAAGGACUUUUAUAGCUUUGGAGACUCCAAGCAGCAAAGCAAGUCAUAUAACAGGAGCAAUGGCACGCACAAACGUGUCUUUGUAGAGUAUCCUGAGAGACAAGAGCACCAAGAGCACAAAGAUCAGCAAAAAGAUAUCAACAACUACAGAAGGAGUGCUUCUCAUGGCUUUGAGAGGAACUUCAGAGCAGCUCCACCAAGUUAUACACAUCCUGAUCCCCAAGAAGCUGAGUACUUGAGCGUAGAGCUCAAUUUUAACAAAAAGAGUGUGAACUAUAACAUGAAUGAAAUAGAGCUCCCUGCAUACUGCAAGGCACAUCCUGAUGGAAAACUGCUCUAUAUACUAACAGCAGGCCACCAAGAAAGCGAACUUGGAUGCGCCCACUGCGCUAUGAACUCUAACAAGUCUGAAGCAGGCUACGAGAUCAGGGAAGUCAAAGAGAAGCUGGCAGAAUACAUCACUAGUGCUGAUAAGCUCCUCAAAAGCGGAUCUACUACAAAUCUGAAUGAGUGUCAGAGCUCUUCUGAAGAAAUUACAACUAUCAAAGACAGAGAAAUAGCUAGAGUCAGAAAUUACUACGACCAAGUGAUGGAAGCCUUAACCCAAGAAAGAGAUAAACACAUUGCUGAGAUAGAACACUUAAGUCAGCAAAAUCUGCAUGCUUUGAAUGGCAAGAAUAAUUCGAAGAAGCCCAAAGUUGACUUCAAAUUGAAUAACUUUUGCAUCGAGCUUUCUAAGGUUGUUGAGGGAGUCGACGAUACAGGAAUUCAUAUCAAAGAGCUUCUGAAGAUCAACCAGGAUUACAAAGAUGUUGUGUCCCAAAAGCUCAAAAGUCAAAGAAAAAGAGCGAAAGUGGGCAAUCCAGAACUGAUAAAAUUCGAGUUCCAGCCUGCAAAACAAGAGGUGCUGAAAUCCUUUGCUGAGAGGAUCGGGACUGUACUAGUCUAUAAUUCCUCCACAAGUUGUUUUGGUGGUGCUCCUGAUACAAAUUACAAGCCAGGAGGGAUUCCAUACUCAAGAAAAGAAGAAAGAACUUCUCACUUUGGCAUCGAUAAUCAUGAAGGCUCAAAUAAAUAUGCCUAUAAUGGUGAACAGAGGUAUACUGAAUCUGAAAAUGGACCUUUCAAGUCUGUGUCUCCUACCAGAGACCAGAAUUAUAAACUUCAAAAUGAGAAAUAUUCAAAUUAUCCCUCUGGUAGUCAACAUUCUAGCAGCAUGAAUGGACAUUACAGUCAGAAGUACGCUGGCCAAUUUGAUAAGAAUAAGGAAGCCGAGAAUAUGCCAAAGGGCGACUACACACCAAUAAUGCCCUAUAACAGAGAAAAUAAAGAAUACCAGAGAGAUGCAGAGCAGCCCAACCACUAUAAAGGUGGAUCUCACUACGAUGACUACAAGAAAGGUAUUUAUGAUAAAGCUGCUUCACAGAAGCCAGUUUCAGGCUACCCUCCCAGUGCUGAUCCUAGGCUAGAUCCUUACCCUGACAGAGAUGUUGAUGACAUUAAGAAGGAGUAUGCCUUUAACGAGCCUAUCAGACAAGGUACAGGGCACCUAUACGAAAGCUAUAAGAAGCAGGCUAAAGCUGAAAUUAGUGUAAAAGAAGGAAAUAAAGCAUACCUCAAGGAAGACCAAAAGUCAACUCCUAAAAAGCAAGAAAAUCCAGAAGGAUCUUCCAAAAAAUCAAAGAAGAUAAAGCAAAAGACUAAGGCUGAGAAGGAGAAAGUGCUCAAGACCAUCAAGCUCAAGACUAAACAGGGCUAACAACUAAGCAAUAAGAGGUUUUCAAAGAAUUCUGUUCUUCA